GAAACCCUGUGCAUUUCUCGCCUUAUCUAUAAAUAAAACCUAACCUCACUCCUUGAUCAUUCCAGAUUGAAGCUAUCCUUGAUCUUUUUGUUUGGUGUGCUCCCUUGCGGCCCAAAUUUCGAUCAAAUUGGCCCUACCAAACUUAAUUUACAGAAAGUUCCACACCAAUCACUGGAAAUCAAGCACAAUUUUUACGGACCUGUCCGACAUAUUAUUUAGGAUAGCAAACAUGAGAACCAUUUCAAUCAUGAUUACAAUUUUCUGUGGCCUGAUCUAUCACGAGACUUAUGGAGUUAAGGUGUCUGAAAUUGGAUGUGAUCGAUGGAUUAAGGGAAGUAAAGAUGAAGAGAGAAAAGAUUGGGGUCAAUCGGUGGUAUAUGUUUACGGAUCAGCCCCAGUUCCGAUCUCCGAUAGCGGCUGCGAACUUACGGUCUCCUCCCACUCCACAAACAACUGGAUAUCCCUUUUCAACGGCGGGCUUGCCAUGCAGUACCUGCUGCUAGAUCACAGAAGCGGGAAGUUUUAUGAGUGUGCAAUUCAACCAGGACACCAACACCUAGUGGAAGCAGAAGGCUUUGAAAUCCUGGUCAGGAAACUUCACCGUAGUGCUAAAUGAUUGUGUCUAGAAAGAAGGCUCUGUACAUGAUUAUUCUGUUGGAAAAUCAUUUUCCUCACAUUGGGCCAGUUUAUGUGUUAGCUAUAAGACCAUUUUCGGUGGAUUUAUCAAUAAAUCUACACAUUUUCCUUGUAAAACCUCAGGAUUUAUUGAUCUUGCAAAAAUCUGUGAAUUCAGGG